AACUUAACGAUCCAACGAUCAAGCUUAGAGUGCGACAGGUGCGAAUGUGCGGUCAAUAUAAAGUUUUCAUUUUGUUUUUGUGUGCCCUUAGUAGUGCCGCAAUGGAUGCGAAUUUGCGAAAUUGCAGCAAUUCAUCAAUUUCCAGUACAUUAGUGGAGGCGUGUCCCGCCAAUUCGCAGUGCGAACUUUUUAAUAAUACGUUCAAAUGCAUUUGUCUACCAAAUUUCCAACAUAACGUAAUACCAGCGUCGCUGCCAAAUUUGGAACAUGCAUUCUUACCCUAUUGCCAGUUUAAAAACGUCAGCGACACCGUCGAUGGAGAGUCAAAAGUAAUGCUUUAUAUUCGUUCACCUGUAAAGGCGGAACUUUUAGUUUGUGCAAUUUUGAUGAUACUACUGGCCGUCAUAGCAGUUUUGGCUAUUAUUUAUGUGAUAAAACUUUUGAAGCCAUUAAAAAGGACGAAAAUUGCCUAUGUCAAGCUAAAGCGGCGAGGUAACAAACAUCAACGUUUGGUCGAGGAAGAGAUGUACGACGGUGUCGCUAUGACGCGUCGUAACGAAGAUGCGCAGUACGUGUACUAUUAAAAAGUCGGCUAACUUUAUCCAAAUGCAUACACAAUUACAUCAACAUACAUAUGUAUGUGCGUAUAUGUAUAAAAAGUACAUUAAAAUUAAUCUGUGAUUCGAAAGAUGUUUAAUACCGUUAAAAGUAAUAUUGCUGGCCAACCAUUGUUGAUUAGAUGCUAGUGGUUAGUAUUAUAUUACAUCAACCUUGUAUAGUAUUACUUAAACGUUUGUGUAACAAGAAUAGUCAGCCUUCCAUUAAACUUUAGGGAGAUUUUCCCAAUGUCUAAUUAAAUGCUUAAUCAGAACGUAAUCGGUAAUGAAAGUGAUUUCUCAGUAACUAGUUACGGAAUAGCUGGCAAUUGAGUUCUUAAUAAAGUUUAUCGGAGGUAAAUAAUGAAUAA